UAGGUUUCUUCUUCUCUCAGUUGCAGCAAGUCUCUGAGAUAGCUUUCGAUCGAUUAAAAAAAAAAAGAAAGAAAGAGCAAAUGGCAUCGAGCGCGGCGGUUCCGUUCUGGAGAGCGGCGGGGAUGACGUACAUAACGUACUCAAACAUAUGCGCGAAUCUGGUGAGGAAAUGUCUAAAGGAACCUUUCAAGGCGGAAUCAAUGAAUCGCGAGAAGGUUCACUUCUCCCUCUCCAAAUGGGCUGACGGAAAGCCUCAGAAACCAGUUUUGCGCUCAGAUGCACCUGAAGUUUGAGACUUUGAAUGCAAGAUAUGGUUUCCAAGUUUUAUGAUGUAUUGCUUCUCGUGAUGGAUGAGUAAAAAGGAAUGCAAGAACGUCUGUUUUGUUUCCUUUGUCUGUAACGAAAAAUACUUUCCAAUCAAUAAUGAUGAACAUGGGGCUUCUGUUUUUUUUUGCAGUAUACUAAAUUGGUUCAAAAUCAAAGACUUUGAUUAA